AUGCUUAGCAUGACCACUGAUAUCUUCACAAUUAUACCAUUGAUUUUUAAAAUGCUUCGAUUACACGUCGAAGGAAUCGCGAAAAACCAAGUCGUCGUAUAUGAUCCGCUCAGGAAAUGGAUGGACAACUGCUACCGCGGGGUACCCCUUGGCGGACUAGGUUCAGGAAGCAUAGGGAGAAUCUACCGAGGGUACUUUCAGCAGUUUCAAAUAUUCCCCAGGAUCUAUGAAGAGAAGCCUGUCCUUGCCAACCAGUUCUCAGCAUUCGUCUCGCAUCCUGGCGGGAAGAGCUACUCGACGGUGUUGAAACUGGCAUGCUGCUAUUUUUGUCAGGCUCGCCUUUUCGAUGCGCAAAAUGAUGAGGGAUAA